AAACAAACAACCGUGCCCGGUUAUCAGUCAGUAGAAGAAGAUAAGGCGAGUUAGGUAACCUCUUCUUGAGCUUCACUUACUCGACCAUAGAUGAAACCCUAAUCCGUUGCCCAAAAAAACAGAAAAUAAUAAUGGCCAUGGCAUCUCUCUUGAGCUGCUCAGUUACUCCAAAAACUUGCUUUAACAGAAGUCAUUUACCAUCUUCACUGUUUUCAUCACAACGAUCAUUCUUCAUUUCUCCAGCAAAACCCACACUUCAAACCAGUAAACCUAGGAAGUUCUUAGUUUCAGCUAAUAAUUCCAACGGGGAUGACUCUGCAGAUCUUCCAGAUCGUUUAAUCUCAGCCAUUUGUUACUUCUACCCAUUCUUUGAUGGUGUUCAGUAUGGAAAGUACGUUAUAACUCAAUUCACUCCAAUUCAAGUGCUUCUACAACCCUUAUUUCCAGCUAUCAGGGUAUUCAAAAGCUUUCCUUUCAAUGGGUUUUUAGUAUUUCUUACUCUUUACUUCAUUGUUGUUAGAAACCCUAAUUUUAGUAGAUAUGUUAGGUUUAAUACAAUGCAAGCUAUAGUUCUUGAUGUUUUGUUAAUUUUUCCUGAUCUUUUAGAGAGAAGUUUUAAUCCAACUGAAGGUAUUGGAUUAGAUUUGAUUCAGAGUUUAGACAGUACUGUUUUUCUAUUUCUAUUAGUUUCUUUGAUUUACGGUUCAGGUUCUUGUUUAUUAGGGCAAGUUCCUAGGUUACCCAUUGUUGCUGAAGCAGCUGAAAGGCAAAUUCCUUAAAAUAAAUUUUGGGUGUUUUGAUUUUGUUGUCACAAUCUGUAAUCUUAUCUUUCAAGUUUUUGUAACCUUAUCUUUGUGGUUUGAAUAAAUGAAAUUUGUAGCUAUCAAUACUGCUUAUAUCUUUCUUAGUUUUGAUUAUCCCAAACAAGUGCCUUUCUCAUUUGUCUGAGAAGGCGCUUUCAAAUUGUUUGAUCAAGUUUUUCUUUUCAGUGUCAGUAUGGUAUGUUCAUUGAAUUCUCGAAGUAUGGUAUGUUCAUUGAAUUCUGGCCUUCCUGCUUGGAUUCAGUUUAAUGUAAUGCGUGAAAGGGUAUACUACAAAAUGUAGUUAAGUUUGAGACAUUGGUUUCUGGGUUUUAUCGAAGCUUAUAAGUAUAAAGAAGAGAUGGUAAAGAAGUUUAGCGUGAAACCUAGUGUAAUCUGUGUAUACUCAGUGAUCAAGGGCUUUUGUACAGUUAAAAUGCUGGAUUUGACUUUCAAGCUCAAGGAUAAGAUGUUUGAUUCAGCAGUUUAUAGUACUUCGAUUUGUACAAAUUUCAUGGGGAGUGGCAAGAGAGUAUCUUUUGCGAUGGAAAUGAAGGAAAUUGGAUGUGAAUCCGAUUCUGUGACUGAUGAUGGUGAAAGAUUUUUCAAUCGUUAUGUGGAGUUCUGGAUGCGAUAAUCGGAGAAAGGUAAAACUAACUGUUAUGAUUUAAAAGGUAGUAAUUGAUUGGUAUUGAAAGGAGGGCAAAUGGAGUGAAGCAAUGGAUUUAUUCUGCUGAGGCGAGAUUGGUCUCCUGAUGCUGUGACGUACCAGACACUUUUCAAUGGGCCAAGUGAUAGGAGUCUGUGGAAGCUGGCGAACACAUCAUUUGUUUUGGGCGGGAUGGUUUUCCUGGGGAAUGUUCCAUGUUUUGCUAGAUGGGUUGUUUUGUGAAGGGAACUUAGUGCUGUUACAGUCAGUUUUGAAAAUGUUAGCCAAGGAAGUAUAUUUAAUGUAAAUACAGGGAGGAAUGGAGGAUGCUUAUGUCAGUGGUACGUAAGAAAACUGAAAUGUUGAGUUCUUUCGAGCUUAUAGAUGCUUCCUGAUUCCAAGAAUGAUCACUCUACCUAAUAACAAACAAGAAAACAUCACACUAAACAUAAAAAUGGAGCUCAUUCUUUCUGAUCAGGGUGACAUUUGCUUUUGUAAGCAUUCGUUAUGAAGCUUCGGGAGGUAUCAAGCGUAUUUUUUUAAUUAAUGGUUUCCAAAAGCAUGUUCCUAUAUCUUGCAAGUGUCAAGUGCAUAUGAGAUGUAGGUUGUAAGAAUAAAGGAGUAUCAGAUUUGAACAACAUCACGCUGCGUAGAAUAUAAAGUUGCUGAUGACUACCACGUGUAAGCAGGCUAAGAUGCUGUAUUCCAUUGAGCUUAUAAGAUGCUUUGGGAAAGCCUGCUUCAGAGAUGUGUUUCCUGAUUCCAUAGUUUUGUUUGUGUAUUGAGAUAGAAGGCUUCUGGGCUUCAUAGUUAAACAGAUGAAUCCUAGAUCAAAGCUCUUGGAUACGCUUUCAGAAAGAUUGGGAGCAUGAUAGGAGGUUAAGCUGUACUAAUUUGAUCCGGUAAAGUGGACACUAAAGCUUGGAUUGGAAAGCUGAAGCGUCAAAAGAAUGUGCUAUACAGAAGAUGGUGGGAGGACCAGUUCUUGUAUGAACUGUAAACAUGGCUGGGGUCCAAAGGUUAUCUUUUUAGGACGCCUCAGAGGCUGAAUUGUUUUGGCGUUUUACCUUCGCAAGGGAGUAACUUCAGUGUGGUAGACAGCUAUAUAAUGUUGAAAUGCAAACAUUUAUUAAGAAAGCGGGAAGAUUGAUAUCUCCUGGAUAAACAGAGAUCCUCUACACAUGUGUUGCAGAUGUUAUCACUAUUAUUCACUAGCGAGAUAUAGUCUGUGGACAAAAUUUCAUGAAAUUGAGUUAUAAAGCUGAAAUAGCCGUGUACAACCAUGCAAGGGCCAAAUGAACUACCAAAUACGACCCCGAGUUUCAGCAUAAUGGAAUUGCUUUCCUAGGCGUCCAUGAUUUGACAGGUAUUCAAUUUUGUUUUACAACCCCGGAGCUGUUACCAUCUCAAACAAUUUUUCAUCUGGAAUGGAGGGACUUCCAUGUGGUAGUUUUGUAAACAGUGGUGGUGCCAGAACUUACUACUUACUAAGUCGGUAAUGGUGUCUCCCUGCAACUCACGAAGUCACAGAAGCUAAACUGGGUUACUAUGUGCAAGCCAGAAGCAUCUGGUCUCAAAGGGAAAGGGUAGGAAACAAAGACCACUCAUGGAGAAACUUACUUUCAUUUGAAGAAGAGAAUAUGGAAAAAUCUCAAGGAGAGAAGAUGCUGCCGGAUCUUCCCUCUUUGGUAUGGAAUGGAAGUCCAUCCACUGAAUUCUAUUUUGUAAUUAAGACACAAGGUAUUUUUUACUUUUAUGUAAUAUAUGCAUCAUAUCUACUAAAAACUUGUCAGAAGAUUAUGGGUUGGUUUGUUGAUUCAUUUCAGUGGCCAAUAUUGCUUGAGAAGUACUAUACGCAUGGCAUUGUUCUUAGAAGCACUAGAUUGAGAAAAAAAGCAGGAACAAAGAAAAGUGGUAUUCUGUAAAAACUAAAUUGAGAACAGUGAUCUCUAUAAUGUUGUCUCUGGAAUUUUUUUUACAUUUCAUUCUUCUUUUAAUAGGUAUUUGCCUCUUUUACUCUUUUGUUCUUUA